AUGGUCCGUAUACAAUUAAGACGAAUCUUUCGAAAGCAGCAGUCGGACAAAGCCGACAAAAAGAAUUUCCCUUCAAAACAAAGCAACCUUUCUGUGGAUAAUUCUUCGAUCCACCAUGCAUCUACCUCUGCCACGAAACCAGAUCUGUGGCAACGCGCUUUUGAUAGCCUUGGACUCAAAGAACAACAACUCAUCGAAGAUAUAUCAUUACCAAACUCCAACAGUAUUAUCGACUUCAAUGCUGCGAACACCGAUCCCGGUGUUGUGGAUCGUUUAAGGGCACUGAACGGGGUAGUCGAAACUGUGAAGACCCAGUAUGAAAUCGAUCAAGGAAAAUCCAGUAUUAAAGAACCAGCCCAAAAGAUCAUUAAAGCUGUUCUUGGUUUUCAGGACCUUAUCCAGGCAGCUGUGGCAUUUGAUCCAACAGGGCACGCAACUAGCGCCUGGGCAGUUGUGUCUUUAGGAUUGAUUAUGACACAAAACUAUCGCAGUCAAAAAGUGGCUUGGCUGGGAUCUUGCGCCUUUCUCGCGGACGUUCUUGCCCGAUAUUGCAUGGUAGAGGGACAAUAUCAAGAAGACCCGAAUACCGAUCAACACGUUGAGACAGCUCUCGUCCAGGUAUAUAUCGCAGUUUUAACGUUCGCAGCCCAAGUUCAGUCACUUUAUGACCGUAGCCGUGCGACCUUGAUCUGGAAAAGCAUCUCUGGAGAUUCUCUUUCCGGUCUCCAGAAAUCCAUUGAUGAGGCGGAGUCGCAUCUGGGCCGAUGGCUUGAGAUAGUUGACCGGCAUGAACAGAGAGAUAGGGGAAAGCAGCUUCUCGAAAAGGCGGAUAGAAUGCUGACUAAUAUUGACCGAGUGAUGGACUCACUCAGUGAACUCAAUGGCAAAAUGGUCCUUGCGGAGCUCAAAAUUGCGGAGGAGGCUCAUUACAACGCGAAUAUCGGGGAAGAGUAUCAAGAAUGUCUGCAAGGGACUCGAACUGAGCUCCUUCAGGACAUUACGAGCUGGGCUACUGAUCCAAAUAAGAAAGCUGUGUUUUGGCUGCAGGGCAUGGCAGGGACGGGAAAGUCAACUGUGUCACGGACAGUGGCUCGGUGGCUAGAUAAGGAGGGCUUGCUAGGAGGCAGCUUCUUCUUCAAGAAGGGUGGAACAGACCGAGAAGAUGCCAAACGUCUCUUUACUACUCUUACGAAACAAAUGCUGGAAAGAUUACCUCAUCUUCAGGAACCAGUCAAGAGGGCAAUACAGGAAACGCGAGGUAUUGGAAGCAACAACCUGGAAGAACAGUUCAACGAUUUGCUUUUCAAGCCGCUCAAUAGCCUUAAUCUUGGAUUAAAGUCCCCGUUGAUUUUGGUGGUUGUCAUCGACGCUCUGGAUGAGUGUCAAGUGCCAGCUCAUGUUGCGGCAUUUUUUUCAAUUUUGCCUAAAUUGAAUGACUUGAAAGACGUCCAACUGCGAGUCUUUGUUACCAGUAGGCCAGAAUCACCUGUCAUUAAAGGCUUUCGACCGAUCGGGAAUGAAGAGAUCAUUCUCCAUCAGAUUGAGAGGUCGAUUAUCGAGCAUGAUAUAUCAAUUUUCCUCCGGGAAAGGCUUCAGAGAAUAAAAAAUGAUCACGGACUAGGGAGAGGUUGGCCUGGGGAAGAGACUAUACAGGCCCUAGUCAAUAUGGCUGUUCCUCUAUUCAUUUAUGCAGCGACAAUAUAUCGAUUCAUCGAUUGUGAAGGAGAAUUGCCGGAUGACCGGCUGCGAGCUAUCCUAUCUUCACACUCAAGCGAUGGGAUAGAGGAGAUUGACAGCGAGUACUCAAAGUUGACCGGUAUCUACCUCCCAGUUUUAAAGCAUAUUGUGUCGCAGAAAAAGCCGAAAGAAUUAGAAGACUGGAUGAAAGAUUUUCGCCGAAUCGUGGGGGUCAUCGUUCUUCUCUUCAGCCCACUCUCAUCCGUCUCCCUCGCCGCGCUCAUUCUUUCAGACGACACGAAAGUCCAAAGAAGACUUAGUACUCUCCAGUCUGUCGUGUCAGUGCCAAAAGACAGUGAUGCCCCUAUUCAGCUUCUUCACCUCUCGUUCCGAGAGUUUCUAGUUGAUCAUUCAGCAUCCGAUGUAUUCUGGAUUGACGAACUAGCAGGUCACGCACAGCUUGCUAAAGAUUGCCUUGAGUAUAUGAAUCAAGGAUUAAAGACAGAUAUAUGUCGUCUUUCUAAUCCGGGCGUGAGGAAAAAUGAGGUCGAAAGGACGGUACUAGAGAGUCAUGUUCCACCUGAGCUUCGAUACGCAUGUCGAUACUGGAUACGCCAUCUAGAGAAUGGUGACCAGACAGGUACAAACUGGAGACUGAUAGAAGACUUUUUGAAUUUGCAUUUCUUGCAUUGGCUAGAAGUCAUGAGCCUUUUUGGCUGGGUUUCCGAAACGAUUGGAAAUAUUACAGCUUUACAGUCCAUGGCAAAGAUAAAGUCACCUCAGCUAGCUGCCUUUCUUCAAGAUGCAAAGCGCUUCAUUCUUAAGAAUCACCAAAUAGCUGACGAGGCGCCUCUACAGGUUUACUGCGCGGGAGUUAUAUUUGCACCCGAAAGGUCCAUUAUUCGGAGAGAAUUCACUUCAAAAAUUCCCACUUGGGUAACCCAGUUACCAAGAGUCGAAGAAAAUUGGAGUGCAGAAUUACAGGCUCUCGAUGGCCAUUCGAGCCCGGUUUACUCGGUAGCCUUCUCGCCCGACGGCCGGCUGCUAGCAUCCGGCUCUGAAGAUAUGAGCGUAUGGCUUUGGGACACGGCGACGGGCGGGGUGCAACAGACUCUCGAGGGCCAUUCUGACUGGGUUCGCUCGGUGGCCUUCUCGCCAGACGGCCUGCUGCUGGCGUCCGGCUCUGACGAUAUGACCGUGCGGCUCUGGGUCAUAGCGACGGGCGGUCUACAGCAGACUUUUGAGGGCCAUUCUGACUGGGUUCGCUCGGUGGCCUUCUCGCCAGACGGCCGGCUGGUAGCGUCCGGCUCUAAAGAUAAGACUGUGCGGCUCUGGGUCAUAGCGACGGGCGGUCUACAGCAGACUCUUGAAGGCCAUUCUGACUCGGUUUGCUCGGUAUCCUUCUCGUCCGACGGCCGGCUGCUAGCGUCCGGCUCUGACGAUAAGACCGUGCGACUCUGGGACAUAGUGACGGGCGGUCUACAGCAGACUCUCGAGGGCCAUUCUGACUCGGUUUGCUCGGUAGCCUUCUCGCCCGACGACCGGCUGCUAGGGUCCGGCUCUGACGAUAUGACCGUGCGAGUCUGGGACACUGCGAUAGGCGAUCUACAGCAGACUCUCGAGGGCCAUUCGAACUCGGUUAACUUGGUAUCCUUCUCACCCGACGGCCGGUUGCUGGCGUCCGGCUCUCGGGAUGAUACCGUGCGGCUCUGGGACACGGCCACGGGCAGCCUGCAGCAGACUCUCGAGGGCCAUUUAGGCUCGGUUAACUCGUUAGCCUUCUCGCCCGACGGCCGGCUGCUAGCGUCAGGCUCGCAGGAUAAUACCGUGCGGCUCUGGGACACUGCGAUAGGAGAUCUACAGCGGACUCAUGAGGGCCAUUCAGGCUUGGUUAACUCAGUAGCCUUCUCGCCCGACGGCCGUCUACUGGCGUCCGGCUCGUGUGAUAAUACCGCGCGGCUCUGGGACACGGCCACGGGCAGCCUGCAGCAGACUCUCGAGGGCCAUAUAGGCUCGGUUAACUCGGUAGCCUUCUCGCCCGACGGCCGGCUGCUAGCGUCAGGCUCGCAUGAUAAUACCGUGUGGCUCUGGGACACUGCAAUAGGAGAUAUACAGCAGACUCUUAAGGGCCAUUCUGACUCGGUUUGCUCGGUAGCCUUCUCGCCCGACGGCCGGCUGCUAGCGUCCGGCUCGUGGGAUAUGACCGUGCGGCUCUGGGACAUAGUGACGGGCGGUCUACAGCAGACUCUUGAGGGCCAUUCUGACUCGGUAUGCUCGGUAGCCUUCUCGCCCGACGGCCGGCUGCUAGCGUCCGGCUCGUGGGAUAUGACCGUGCGGCUCUGGGACAUAGUGACGGGCGGUCUACAGCAGACUCUUGAGGGCCAUUUGGGCUCGGUUAACUCGGUAGCCUUCUCGCCCGACGGCCGGCUGCUAGCGUCCGGCUCGUGGGAUAUGACCGUGCGGCUCUGGGAUACGGCGACGGGCGGCCUACAAGAGAUUUUCAGGGCAUAUGAAACUAUUACCAAACUUGAGUUUUCUCGAGAUGGUUCAUAUCUCAUCACCAACUGCGGCAGCUUCAACGUUCAGUCAGAGCACGAAAAUCAUACUCCUAAUUCAAUUUCUAAGAGUUCAACUAUCUUCAUUAAGCAAGGACAGUGGAUUAACCUCAACGGCGAAGAUGUACUACGGCUGCCUCCUGAGUUUCGACCUAGCUGUUUCGCAAUCGAUGGAGGCUUACUUGCCUUAGGCCACGCACCAGGCCGGAUUUCUUUCAUACUAUUUCGUAUAUAG